UCUACACAAAAAUCGAAUGAUGCAGAAACCUGUCAGAACUUGCUUGGGGAUUAAUUACACCCCCAUUUAACGGUUCGGUAGUUGCGACAAGUUAAUAGAACACAAAGAGCCCUCUCCAUUAACUCGACGCAGGGCCUUUGUGGAGGCGACGGUGGCGGCUCCAAAAAUCAGCUCGUCCCUCGGCGGGUCUCUCGGCAGAGAGCAACAAGUGCCGAGCCAUGGAGCAAGUGUUCGUCAAGCGGCUCUCCUGCGUCCUCGGCAUCACCUCGCGACCGACCCUGCGCUCCAGGCUGUACUCGCUGUCCAUCUUCUGUGUCAUCACCUCGUCCUGUCUGCACCUGCUGUACAAAUCAGGUCUCGAGCCGCUUCUCAACCCCAACACGGACGUUUCGCUCUCCAUCGCGUACAUGUUCGACCUGAUCGCCCGCAUCGCCCGGGUCAUCAGCUACAUCAUCAUGCACAUUCUCACCUACAAACACGCAGACAGAUUCGAGAAGAUUUACCACCAGCUGAAAGUGGUGAACCGCAGGGUUUGCGGCACCCCCACGAGUCUGCAUAGCAACGACGCUUUCCGGUUCGCUGUAAUUUUCGCGCUGAUCCGGUUGUUUGCUACGUUGACGCCCGUGUUUUCGCGCUCCAACACCGAGCUGCUGUCCAACCUGAUGAACAUUCCAUUCCACCUCAAAUUCAUUUUCAACUUUUUCAUGGAGCUGCAGCUGUUCACCUUUUGCUCGAUGCUGGAGAUGAGCUUCAACGCGAUCCGCGCUCGGCUCAACAGGCUUCGCAAACACGCGCCCAACAAUUCGCUCACUCAGUGCGGAAAGGUUAUCGUUGACAAAUGGGGCUUGCCAAAGCAACGGUCGCACAUGAUUUUUGAGAAUGUGUGGAUUAUCACCUACGCAGAGUCGGUGCGGAGUUUGCGGCGCUCGCACGCCGAGCUGUGCGACCUGGCGAACCGAAUCAACGCGCUCUUCGGCGUCCGUCUCUUGGUCGACAUCACAGCGCAGCUUUUGGCUCUGCUGUUGCGGCUCAAAAUCGUCAUCAUCUGGACCUUCACGGCCAUCAAGUCGAUGCGCGCCCACGACAGUGACGACGUCUUGCAGGACGCCACCGAGAUGGAAAGGGCGAUUUCGGCGCUGGUGCUCUGCCCCAUUCACAUCGGCACCGUUUACGCAGUCGUCUUCUAUUGUACACGCACAGUCAAAAAGAACGAACUUGUGCUGUCAGAAAUCUACAGAUUGCUAAAUCAUUCUUUAGACACCAAAGAUUCGGACGAGUUGAAGACGUUUGCACUGCAGUUAUCUCACAGAAAAGUGCAAUUCACUGCUGCUGGAGUGAUGCCGCUUGACUUUUCACUCUUAUACUCGUUUAUCGGGGUUGUGACCACAUACUUGGUCAUAUUAACCCAAUUUGGAGCAUCCCUGUCCAAGUACACCAUAGAUUGCGGCGGUGAUUUGACCAAGCCAAUGGAAAGUACAAGUAACGUGCCAGAAGCGGGGGAAUGAAGCACCCCUAAAACCUUUUUGAGGCAGGGAGAGAGCAAAUAAAUCAAUAACGGAGAAACUUUUGACAAGAUGAAGUGAAUAAUAUUGUACUUGUGGUAAUAAUGUUGUAAUUUUUUUGGUGGAACCAAUGAUCUCAAUUUACUGUUAUAAUGUUCAA